CUACAUAAUGGCUUCCUGAUCUUGUUUUCAGAUUGUAUUAUCCAAGACUUUGAAUGUGUUACACGUUCUUACGUUGUUGAUUGCAGAGGGUUGCAGUUUUUUUCUUUUUUUUGGUCAGAAUUGGCGAGUUUGAUGAUGGUGUUGUGCGAAUUUUGUAACACUAAACCUGCAUUUUUGUUCUGCAGGGCCGACUGGGCUAAGCUCUGUUUGUUGUGUGAUCUCCAAGUUCACUCGGCUAAUGCUCUCUCUUUUAUGCAUUUACGUUUGCAAAUUUGUGACAGUUGUAGAGCUGAGCCGGUUUCAGUUUGUUGCUUCAAUGAAAAUCUCAUGCUUUGUCAAAAUUGUGACUGGGACUCACAUAGGAAUCACUCCGGGUCGUCUCUGCACGAACGUUGUUCGGUUGAAGGGUUCACUGGUUGUCCUUCAGUGCCAGAGAUGGCUGAUUUGUUUGGGUUUGAAUUGAAGGCCGUGAGUUUAGAGAAUUUAAGUUCUGGGUUUGGUGUUUAUGGGCAAAAUCGGUUGAAAUUGGAUGAUAUUUUGGUUCGGAAACAGAUUUUCUCUGUUUUUACGAGGUGUGAAAAGUAUAAUCAAGAGGUUGGCGAGCAAAUAGUGGAGAUGUACAAGAGAGAGUUGGAGAAAUUGAAUUGUAAUCAUGGAGCUGAUUUAGGGCCAGGGACACCACCAAAUAGAGGUGAUCAACUGGGGAAUAUGGAAAGUCUUCAAAUGGAAAAUAUGGAGGAGGAAGAAUUACUUCAUCAGCAAACAACAUUUACAGCUCUGUUAAAUUUGACUCCAAAUGUGGACUUGAGAGACUAUUAUGGCAUUGUUGCUGAAAAUGAUCUUCUGUGGGACUGUCAUCUUGCAUAUGAAGCACCUCAGAAUAUCUCUAAUCAGCCAUUGACGUGUCACACAUCAACAACAGAAGAAAGUAAUAAUACACCAUUUAUAGGGCAAUCGACAUCAUCAGAAUUUGGACCUGUUGAAUUCGAAACAUGGGAUAGCACCGGACUUGCCCACGUCCUUCAUCACUCUUUUCUUUCUGGAAAUGAAGCUGUAAACAACACAAAAUCCAGAGCUGAUAUCGACCUGUUAACAAAAAACAGAGGAAAUGCCAUGUUACGCUACAAGGAAAAGAAGAAAUAUCGAAGAUAUGAUAAUCACAUCCGUUAUGAGUCAAGGAAGGCGAGGGCCGAUUCUAGAAAGAGGGUGAAAGGGCGGUUUGCCAAGUCAAGCGAAACUGCUGCUAUCAAAAUGUGAUAAUUCGGAGUUUCUGAUUGUUGCCGAUCGACCUUAUUUUAGUUCACUUUCUCCAGACUCUCAGUUCUUCCCACAAGCUAAAAUAAAAUAAAAUUGCGGUUUUAGUGUUUCAUUUCACCUUCCAAGAGGAGAAGGAAAUGAAGUCUAAAUAUGUCCAUAGAACUGAGACUGAGUUGAGUUGUCUUUUAAUGUGUAUAUAUCUAUACAUCUAUAUAAGUAUAUUUAGUUUACA